GAAAUAUUAAUUGGCGAAAAAAACAAAAGUCAAAAUCCGACAUUCUGUCCUCGUUUUUUUAUACCAGUUUUAUGUACAAGUAACAUUAAUUGUUUGUUCGAUCUCAUAAUUAUGAGGUCAUGGAUUGCAACGCCGUAGAUACGUCAUGUGACUCAUGAGUCACCCACGGCCACGUAUCCACGGAAACGGUAAAUGGCGUCCUGACUCUGAAGAUUUGUACUUGUACUUGUAGGAGCAAAUAUUUGUCAUUUUUGUGCAGGACACUAUCCACAAAGACUCCGGAAGUCUGUGCAAGCAGUGCAAGACGACAGGCUCGCAGAAACGUAUUCGAUUUUCACUCGUACUCUGGCUUUGGACAGGCGUGGAAAAACAAGAUGAGUCAAGCUGCAAAGCGAACUGUUACAUUUGUAACUGGAAAUCAACGAAAGCUUGAAGAGGUUGUUGCUAUCCUUGGAGAUUCGUUCCCUUUCAAGGUGAUAUCGAAGAAGUUAGAUUUGCCCGAGUUUCAAGGGGAGCCCGAUGACAUAUCACGUGAAAAAUGCCUGCUGGCAGCCAGUCAGAUUGAGGGUCCUGUGAUGGUUGAAGACACAUGCCUGUGUUUCAAUGCCCUCAAGGGUCUUCCGGGACCAUACAUAAAGUGGUUUCUGGAGAAACUCGGUCAUUCAGGUCUGAACAGUAUGCUAACUGGAUUUGAGGACAAGUCCGGAUAUGCACUUUGUACAUUUGCGUUUUCAGACAAGGAGAACAGUCCAGACGUGCUUCUUUUCAGAGGCAAGACCCCGGGUAGAAUCGUGGCAGCACGCGGUCCCAAUCAUUUUGGGUGGGAUCCUAUCUUCCAGCCAGAUGGAUUCGAGGAGACGUAUGCAGAGAUGGAUAAAGAUAUCAAGAACACAAUCUCCCAUCGAUAUCGAGCACUCCAAGCCCUGCGGGAGCAUUUCACUGCCGGCGAAACAGACGCAAAGAAGCCAAGAACCGAGUGACUGUGUGCUUGGGCGGCUAGACGCUGAUCUGCCCAUCGCUGUGACUGCGUAAUGACCUUGACCUUGACCUGAGGUUUGGCUAAGCUCACACUUGCGUGUGAUAUCAGCAUGCCGGGGCCACUGUGGCUCUGGUAAUCCCAGUGUUUAGCAUUGCUUUGGUUGCGUUGACAUCCCUACUUCCACUCAUAUUCCCGGCUGGCCGAGGUAUGAGCUUUGACCAUGACACGGAUCAUGUGACCUACAGAAUGAUCAAGAUAGACUUUCCUCCAUUGGCAUGAGAGGUAUGAGACAAAGGUGGGCUUGUCGGUAGACUUGCCACCAGCUGUUAAAGCAUGACACCUGUUGUGCCAUUGCGCGAUUCUUAUGUGUUCAUGUGUGUGGGUGCACUGGGCUGGUUUGCGGGCAACUUGAUCAGUAUACUGUCAGAACACUUGAUUCUCCCAUUCUUGUAGUGGUGGGAAUAUAGAUCA